GCUGACAUCACCUGGGGCCGGCUUGGGGCCGGCUCGGUGCCGUGGGCUCCUCGCCUCACUUCUCUUUCUCUUUUUCUACCGCCGCGUGGCUGGCAGUGGGGUUCUUGGGGAGUCGCGGCAGGAAGGCUGUUCCGGGACUCGGGCGUCCCUGCCCUCUGGAAGGACACCCCGUCUCCUGCCCGGGACCCCCGCGAAUAUCCGGGGCGCGCUACUCAGGCGUCCUGUGGGCAGUAGAUUGCGUCGUGGGAUAAACGAGCUCCUGGAACGGGGUCUUUGCGCUCUUUGUACUUUGAAUACCCGACGGGGAGAGAUUAGCCUUUUCUGUUGUUCCUGGUGUUCUCAGAGGCCCUUCAGAUAAUUUAAUGGUGCUCUGGGUGAUCGGUAAGAAGACUGGGUAGAGAGUCAAAUCCCAGGGCUUGGACCAAAGGGUGGGGCGGUAGGACUCUAGGUACGCCGACAUUGGCCAGGAAAUCCGCCUUUCGCUGGGAGGGAUAGGGCUGUCUGCUUGAGGGACACCUCUCUGCUCGGAUUUCUCCUUCCCCUUGCAGUCCUCCUGCCUCCCCUUCCCCCAUCGGCCAGCCGGUAGUUUCCUGGGACGGUUUCUUCGCUUCGUUUCCGGGUCCAGCUACCAAGCCCUGGGCAAGUGGAUGAAGGAGAUGCCAGAACCUAGGCUGGAAAGGGAAGGAAGUGACCCACGCGAGAGCUUCCGGACGAAGUGAGGUUGGGGGAGGCGGGCAGGAAGACCUAUGCCAUGGUGUCUGGCCGCUCGAUCAGUCAUUCCCUGGCCUCAGAACUGGUGGAGUCCAAUGAUGGACAUGAGGAGAUCAUUAAGGUGUACCUGAAGGGGCGGUCUGGGGAUAAGAUGAUCCAUGAGAAGAAUAUCAAACAGCUGAAGAGUGAGGUGCAAUACAUCCAGGAGGCCCGGAACUGCCUGCAGAAGCUCCGGGAGGACAUAAGUAGCAAGCUUGACAGAGAUCCGGGAGAUUCUCUCCGUGGACAGGAGAUACAGGUGGUGUUAGAAAAGCCAAAUGGAUUAAAUCCAAGCUCCAUGACCCAGUAUAGCAGUUCACCUGAGGUAGAUGCCUACAUAAGUGAAGAUGCCGAGAGCUUGAGAAAGACUGUGCGGGACCUGCUUGUCAAGCUGCGGGAGGCUGAGCGGCAGCACCAGUCAGACCGAGUGGCUUUUGAGGUCACACUCAGCCGGUACCAGAGAGAAGCAGAACAGAGUCAAGUGGCCCUUCAGAGAGCAGAGGACCGAGUGGAGCAGAAGGAGGCUGAUGUCGGAGAGCUCCAGAAGCGCCUGCUAGGCAUGCAGGCGGAGCAUCAGGCCUUAUUGGUGAAGGUCAGGGAGGGAGAAACAGCCCUGGAGGAACUUCGGAGCAAGAACACUGACUGUCAAACAGAGCGAGAAAAGGCUGCCAACCUGGAAAAGGAAGUGGCCGGGCUGCGGGAGAAGAUCCACCACUUGGAUGACAUGCUGAAGAGCCAGCAGCGGAAAGUGAGGCAAAUGAUAGAGCAGCUCCAGAAUUCAAAAACUGUGGUCCAGUCAAAGGACAGCACUAUCCAGGAGCUUAAGGAGAAAAUCGCCUACCUAGAAGCAGAGAAUUUAGAGAUGCAUGACCGGAUGGAACACCUGAUAGAAAAGCAGAUCAGUCAUGGCCAUUUUAGCACCCAGACCUGGACCAAGACCGAAAACCUGGGCAACGUGAGGAUAUCCAAGCCCCCCAGCCCUAAUAAGCCCAUGCCUCUUAUUCGAGUGGUGGAAACAUGAGCAGAAGAGCUGGACGCUGCUGUUGCCGCUGCUUCUCACCUGCGGAGAAGCCGCCGCCCCUGUAGGCUGCUCGCCCCGACUUUGACUUCCUGACUGAUCCCUGGGCUGGGGGUCCAUGUGUCCCACUGUUUCCAAGCUCCUGCCCCCUGUGUGCUGGGCAGACAGAGGAUGCACACCCCUUCUGGACACUGCAGCCCUGGAGGACGUUCACCCACCAGCGAGAGCCAGGGCAGUAUCCUUAUUCCUAUAGUUACUAGUUUUCUCUGUAGUAGAGCCGCCCUUCUCUUGUAGGCUGGAGUUCAGCUGCCCCAGGAUCCAGGCCCUCACUGGGUCGGGAGAGGUGGCAAGAUUUCCCUCACCCAGAGAAGCUGGAGGCACCAAGGUCUACAGCGAGGGGAGGGUAUCCGGGGAAGGGGGAAUGAAGUUCCCUCCACAAACACAGCUCAGUUCUUCACAACUCAUUGUUUGUUUUUCCACUCACUCUGCCCUCAGCCCCUGCCUACCCGGGCCUCCUACAGACAGACCCAGAGCGACCUGUCAUGGCCUGGGGCAGAGUCAGUGAGCUGCAGCUUUGACUGGCCAACCUUGUCUUCCUGGGAGAAGGAAAUGUACAUUCCGCGAGUAGCAUUUAGUGGAAAGGUUCUGUGGGGCCACAGGGAGUAAUGUGUGACUUCUCUCUGCUGGGGAGACUCCCAGCAUCUCUUAGGGUUUUCCCCUAAGAUGCAGUGCAAGGUACACCUCAGUCUUUUUGACUCAAGAGCUAAAAACUGUUUUCACUGGGUUACAUUGAUCUCAGUGAAACUCUCAUUGUAUUUAUUUUGCUAAGUUAUUGGUGUUUUCCCUUACAUCUCACGAUUGAUUUAAUACUGGAGUUUUAUAGCCUUCUCUUGUGGUGUUUGGAUUUGCUCCAUGCUGGGAAAAAUGUGUUCCCACUGGACUUGUUGAUUUCAGAAGUAAAUCUUUCUCUUUUCCUUCUAUCUGCUUCUUUCCCUUCCUCCUUCAAACCUGAUCUGAGCCUCAGGGCGGCAAGCAUAUUUGUCCUGAGGCUUUGGGGUCUGAGUGUGUGUUGUUUGAGGGAAAAGGGUGAUCAGGAUUCUUGGGGAGGGAUUGAGUUCUUCCCCUCAGCCCUCUGCACCCUCUGCUCCACAAUCCAUCUGUUUCCCUGGCUCUGAAGGACCCUGACACUCAUCGUGUUUUCUUUAGGGCUCUUCCUGCAGCCUCAAGGAGGAGAUAUGCAUCAGAAUGUGGUACUACUGUACUGGUACUGCUGUAGGGCACAGAAACAUUCAAAGUCAACAUGGGUUAAGUCUUUAGGUCCUCUUUGGCUCGAAACCAGAAGCCCGUGUGCUGGGACUGGGUGGACAGGCUGGGGUCCAGAGUGCCAUGCUGGUAUUCUCGUUCACUUUCCUCAUUUGUAAAACGAGGGGGUCCGGAUAAUUUCCAUGGGCCCUCUCAGUUCUGAUGAUUUUUUCCUGUGGCAUAGUCUUGAUAUGGCAAACUUAAUAAAAUAUGUUAAAUGUG